CCUGUCCCAAUGUCCCUCCUGCCGUUUCUGGUCAGAAGCUCGUGAUCUUCAGAAACGUCACGGAUAUAACACACUUCCAUUCCAAAACGUUCUUCCCGGAGCUUCAGAAGUGUGACACUGAUGAUGACGUGGCGAUGUGUUUCAUUAAGAACGAGGGGGAGUUUGACAAAUACAUCCAGUACUUGGUUGGCCGUAUACAAGCUGAGUCCGUUGUGGUCAGUAAAGCUGUUCAAGAGUUCUAUAAGCGAUACACAGAGGUAACGUUCUCCACGGAAGACCCAUCUCAGCCACCUGUACUUCCUCUGCAAUACUAUCUGGAGAGACCGAUAAACAGAAUCCAGAAAUAUCAAACAGUAAUCAAGGAGCUCAUCCGAAACAAGGCAAGGAACAGCCAGAACUGUUCCCUGCUGGAGCAGGCUUAUGCCAUUGUGUCUGCGCUCAACAGACGGGCAGAGAACAACCUUCACGUGUCUCUGAUUGAGGACUAUCCAGGCACCCUGGAGAUCUUAGGGGAGCCCAUUCGACAGGGACAGUUCAUUGUAUGGGAGGGGGCGCCUGGAGCCAGAAUGGCGUGGAAGGGCCACAAGAGACAAGUCUUCCUCUUCAAGAACUACCUCCUCGUGUGCAAGCCCAAGCGGGACACUAAGACGGACACUUACAGCUACAUCUUCAAGAACAUGAUGAAGCUACCCAACAUAGAUGUGAACGACCUGGUGGAAGGAGACGACCGGGCGUUUGAAAUUUGGCACGAGCGGGAAGACUCGGUCCGUAAAUACCUGUUUCAAGCCAGAACCGUCAUCAUCAAGAAUUCUUGGGUGAAGGAAAUCUGUGGCAUCCAGCAACGGAUUAGCCUUCCUGUGUGGGACCCUCCAGACUUUGAGGAGGAACUGGCAAACUGUACAGCUGAGCUUGGAGAGACGGUCAAACUCGCCUGCAAAGUAACAGGGACACCCAAGCCAAGCGUCGCCUGGUUUAAAGAUGGGAAGCCCGUGGAGGUGGAUCCCCAUCACAUAAUCAUUGAAGAUCCAGAUGGCUCCUGCACCUUAAUCCUUGACAACCUCACAGGUGUUGAUUCGGGGCAAUACAUGUGCUAUGCCGUUAGCCCAGCUGGCAACGCCAGUACCCUAGGAAAGAUUCUUGUUCAAGUGCCGCCCCGUUUUGUAAACAAGCUGAAACCUGCGUAUUACGCCGAGGGCGAAGACGCACAAUUUACGUGCACUAUUGAAGGAGCACCUUCUCCUCAGAUCAGGUGGUAUAAAGACGGAAAUCUACUGACUGACCCCAAUAAACACCAGAGCUUUAGUGAACCACGGAGUGGUGUUAUAGUACUUGUGAUAAAAAAUGCCUGUAAGGAUGACACGGGAUACUAUGAAUGUGAGCUGGUCAACAGAUUAGGGGCAGCGAAGAGCGGUGCUCAGCUUUACCCCCAGAGUGCUGCAGCCUUGGCCCCCGAGAAGAGACCAGAGCAAGCCAUCACCAUUGAAGUCACUGAGCAAGAAACAAAAGUGCCCAAGAAAACCAUCAUCAUAGAGGAAACAAUCACGACCGUUGUGAAAACCCCGAGGACCAAGCGACGGAUCUCGCCCGCCCGCCCACCGUCCGGCUACUCUCGUUCUCCGAGAUCCGAGUUCUCCACCCCUGAGCCCCUCUAUGUGGGCAAGGUGAGGCCGUCUCCUCACAGGCUUGACCCCGAGGUGAUGCAAAGGGCCAUCCCUACCCUUUUCGUGACCGAGCCGGAGGAAAGGCGCGGCGCGGCCGUCAGAGGUAUUCCUCUUGAAAUCUCCGAGGAGGAACAGAAAUCCAAGUGGGUCGAGGUGGAGGAAAUCAUUGAAUUCAACGUGCAGAAGUCUGCCCAAGUGACAAGGAAACGAGGGUCUUCUCCUGCCCGGUCAGAGAAAGAUGAAUCAGGGUCUGUUUACCCUCGGCCCGGUGCAAGACCUCGGCGAUCCUCUGAAGACGACCCGAACGCAAAUAACUCAAAUAAUAAUAAGCUGGUGGAGCAAGCCUCGUCUUCGCUAUCGCAAGAGGCUGAAACAUCUGGAGCGGAGUCCAAAGGAACACCAAUAAGAAACGCAGAUGAACGUUAUUCUGGAAUGCUGGAAGAGGAGAGCGGUCCUCAAGAACCUUCCGAAAAGACUGACCCACCGGCUGCUUCUUCCCCUACAGUUGCCAUUGUGGAUGAGCCAUGCGAGGAAGCUGAGGUGGACACAGAUGCCUAUUUCAGUUCACCUGAAGAUCCAGAGGUUGAAGGUCAUGCUGUUGGAUGUGAGACCCCAUGGCCUGAUGAGGAUGAUUCUGCAGGUCCCAUGCGAGAGGACGAUCUUCCAGAGCAGAGCGUUCUCGUAGAGGAACCCGAGGAUCGAGAGUCGGUUGACCUGAAAAACCGAGAUCUCAAAAUUCUUACCCGGAACGGGAAGGCGUUGACUUUGGAGGAUCUUGAGGAUUAUGUCCCCGAAAAAGGGGAGACCUACAGGUGUGACAACCCGAAUUCUGCAGAAGACAAACCGUGUGAAAUAGCUGUGCUUCAGACCGAAAUCAACAAACCGAUUAUUGGGAAGCCGGUUUUGCUCAAUGUGGGCAGACCUGGGGUUUCUAAACCGAAGCAACCCUUCUUUGGAGAAUUUGAACAACACUAUCCGGGAGGGGUCUUUAUGUCCGCGUCUAGAGUGGCUGGAAUGCAGUCCAGAGGUCCGUCCAACAUUUCUUUCCAUGUCCGUGAGUCCUGUGCAGCAGCCAAGGCAACAUCGGCAUCGCCCGGAGCAGCUGCGGGAAUUUCGACGGGAGGCCCAUUCAAACCGACGCCAUCUUUCUGCACCGAAGUCCAGCUGUCGGCAGACAACGGGCAGUCCAGCUUCAAAACGGAAGUUUCCACAAGAACCCACAGCUACGGCACGGUCGGAGAAACUGUUACACUGUGCAUCAGAAAGGAGGAUUCCUCUGAAGCCAAGAAGCAGGAACCCACCCUUAAGAUUCCAGACAAGAAUGAAACAUUUCCCACGCCCAGCAUUGCUGGAGAAGUCACCACACUCAAGGACGAUGGGAUUCGUGAAUGCACCAUUCCCAUCCCAAGAACCAAGUGCUUUCCAGAUCUACCUAAUAUAUAUAUAUUUGGUGACACCUUAGGCCCGCCGUACAUGCAAGUGACCAUUGAGGAUGUGCAGGCUCGGUGCGGGGAGAUGGCAAAGUUCCACGCUGUUAUCGAAGGACGACCUCAGCCCACCGUUGAAUGGUUUAAGGGCAUCUCCUUGUUGACGGACAGCAACCGAGUCUACCAGUUCAACGAAGGUACCAGAUACUCCUUGAUCCUUUACAAUACGAGACCUGAAGAUGGCGGUGUCUACACUUGCAUUGCCAAAAAUGCAGCCGGCGAGGUGUUGUGCAAAGCUGAACUUGUGGUGCAAGAAGAUAAGAAGAGCCAGGAGGCAAAGAAACAGAGCACGAGGAGAAAGCUCCAUUCCUUCUACGAGGUGAAGCAGGAAAUCGGCAGGGGUUCCUUCGGCUUUGUCAAGAGAGUCGUCCACAAAGGCAGCCGAGUCUCCUGUGCUGCCAAAUUUCUUCCCCUGCGAAGCAAAACCAGGGAUCCGGCUUACCGGGAGAGGGAAAUUCUGGCUAAGCUGUCGCACGACAGGAUCACUCGGCUGCUGGAUCAGUUUGAGACGCGGAAGACGCUCAUCCUGAUUUUGGAGUUAUGCUCCAACGAAGAGCUGCUGGAGCGGUUGUUCAAGAAAAAUGUGGUGACUGAAGCACAGGUCAAGAUAUCUAUACAACAGCUCUUAGAAGGGAUUGCCUACCUCCAUGACAAUCAAGUCCUUCACCUGGACAUCAAGCCCUCCAACAUUUUGAUGGUUUACGAUGACCGGGAUGACAUUAAGAUCUGCGACUUUGGCUUCGCUCAGAAGAUAAACCCCGCUGAGCCUCAGUACAGUAAAUAUGGAAGUCCGGAGUUCGUCUCGCCCGAAAUUCUCUCCCAGUCACCAGUCUCAACAGCUUCGGAUAUCUGGCCUGUCGGAGUUAUUAGCUACUUAAGCCUGACAUGCAAGUCUCCGUUUGCUGGGGAAAAUGACAGAGCAACACUCCUGAAUAUCCAGAACGGACGGAUUUCCUGGGAUAUUCCUGAUUUUGUUCAUUUGAGCAAAGAGGCAAAAGAUUUUAUCAGAAAGCUACUGCAACCCUCCCCACAGGCAAGACCUAGUGCUAUGGAGUGCCUCUCCCACACCUGGUUUGUGCGGUCUCUCAUGAGCUACAAGUCGGUGCUGGUCAUGAGGCCCAUCCCAGACAUCUUGGAGAAAACGCAUCAAAAUACAUCGCUCGGCAUCUCCCGCCAUCUGGUAGAAGAGAGCAGCUCCUCCAGCACCAGCGGGUCAUCUUCGGACAACGAGAUUUCUAUCUCCCCAGGGAGAAGACAGUUUGGCCCUACACCGGCACUGCACUUGUCUGUCCUGGAGGACUCAAAUUACCCAGAAUAUCAGCAAUUCCUAGAUGAGGCCGGACGUCCUGCAGCCUCACGCCCACCAGUGGGACCCACAAGACAGAAACAGGGAGCUAUCGUGGGUGACCAGGCCCUUCAGGGAAGCGAAGAACGAAUGGAACCACAGAAAGGUGGAGCAGAAGUGGUUGGCUCAGAUUCAUUGCAAGAGAAAGCUGGCUUGUUCCCACCAGAACUCGCUGAGCCAGGAAGGUCUCCUGGCUGCGUCCCCAGACACAGCGUCAUUAAAAGCACUUUUUACGGCCAGCCCUCUGAGGGUCUUCCAAACGUCCCCUCGUCGCCAGGCAAAGAACACAAGAAACAAUUAGAAAGAGCAAAGAGGAGCUACCGGAAGGCAGGCUACUCAAAGUCAGCUUUAAGCGGUCUCCGUGAACCUCUUCUAGAACAAUUUGGAGAAGAAGGAGGUGCCUCCGAUGAUGAAGGAACUGGAAAGCUCUGGGAAGCGGGCGUCGGUCCUCUGAUGAUCAAGUCGGCCUCUUUCGAUAUGGCUCAGAAAUCUCCACGGUUGACUUUCCAGGUUUCCAGCAGAAGCCGUUCUCUGGAUGAUUACAGGAUAAGAGCGACAAGCUUUGCCAAGGAACAGUACAUAGAGGAAGAGGAGGGGGACCUGAUGCCUCAGGGCAGUCCGGUGGAAGUAGAGGGUCAGAGUCCUCUUCCAGAGGCUGCCAGAGAAGAACUUUCCAGAAAGACUUCUGCAAAGGAUGACACAGAGAAAGCCCCAAUAGCUGGUUCCGAGGAGCAACCAGUGUCGUUUCCACCCUCUGGAGAGAAGCAAUGUUCAGUUUUGGCUACACCACAGCAACCGAAGACCUUGAUUUCAGCACCAAAAGCCGAAAAGGGGGAAGGAUUACGCCGUGAGCCACCAUUCUCUGCCGAGAUGGAGAUGCCGGUUGUGGGAGGCAAAAGCCUGAUUCUAACAAGCCCGCAGUCAGAGGUUCAUCCAAAACUGUUAGCCCAAAAACGUGAAAUUGAGGAAGGGCAGCUGCCUCAGAUGAAACCAACUUCCACCCAGAGCAAAGAAGGGCCGUCAGCUGUCCGGAGUGAAAGCCCUUCUUCCGCCAAGCCAGACACUGCUCAGGGAACGUGUCAAAGUGGUGACCAGUGGCCUGGGAUUCCUUCUGCUCCGGGCGAGAUCCAGCAAGUUGUCAGGGCGAAGGUCAAGAAGACCCCAGCGGCCCUACAGAUUGUGCCGACAGAGGAAAGCCAGGUACAAUUACACCAGGAGCCCUCAGUUGACACGGAAACGGCCUGUGUUGCCUUCAGGAGCAAAGACUCAACCAUCCCUUUCUCACAAGGAGACACGCUGCCUGUGUCAGUCCCUGGAGAUAAAAAGCACCAGACUUCCCCUCAGAAACCUUCAACAUCCAGCUUACAAAAAUCAAUGGAGUUAGAAGGGAAAGGGUCAGUCCUUUCCCAGGUCAAAUCUGUCCCGAUUUCAGUGUCAGAGGGCAAAAGCCAACGACCCUUACACCCAGCCCCUGGCAUGCCAGAUAAAAAGGGGGAAGGUCCUGUUUCUACAGAGAUCGACCCUUUGAGUGUGCCUUGGGAAGGAAGCCGGAUGCCUUUGGGUUCCACUGGCGUGGUUUCCAGUGACCUGAAGAAGCCCAAAUCAGUUAUCCAACCGCAAUUUGGACGUGAGAAAGCUUUGAUGCAGAGUGAAUUGCCAUCUGCGGUUCCAAAGGGCAAACCUCUGCAGGUUUUAAUGCCUUCACCCGUCAAAACCACCCCAACGUCUCCUUCAGGAGCUGAAAGUCUUCAUUCUAGGCCCCCUGCUCCCAGUGAGGGCAGAGUAGUGACCGGGAAGGGCCCGAGAACAUUGGCACCAGGCUCUGCCCAAGAAAAAUAUGAUCCGUUUUCAACCCCGAGAGAAGAAACGGCAGUUACUCUAAAGGAAACGAUUGCUCCCAUUGAUGAAUCAAGAAGAAAGGAACUGGCGCAUUUGAGACCUUCUUUAUACAGUGACCCAGAGGCUGAAGCUCUGGAGAAUUUAGUUGAGGAGAUGGUUUGCUUGUCAAGAGAGAUGACGGAUCUGGCGCAGGCGGUUUCCGAUCAAGAAGGGUCUGCGGGACGUGUGUCUCCACCACGGGAGAUGUUCUACCAAGGCUCACCUGGGCCAACGGGGAGACCAACGACUAGAUACCUAGUGCGCAGAGGGAAAAGGGAAGGAGGUAUUGGCUUAGCUGAUCCCUCAGAAGCAGAUAUUAUUUACCCCGGAGAAGAAGAUAUUUUUAUGAGUAAGAAAGCCAGGAUGUCUCGUCCUUAUGGAGGGAGAUUUGCAGAUUACCUAGGUGAAGAGACAUCCAUGGCAUGCCAGUUAGCGAGCUCCGAUUUUUGGGACAGGUUCUACUAUUCCGGCAGCCAAGGAAGCGACCGGAUGUACAACCGGAUGUACGAAAUCGCUUUAGUGCAGAUCCAGGACCUCUCGGAGGACAUGCCCCGUCCUGAUAGCAAGACGGCCAAAUUUGACAUCUCGGAGGUAGAGCCGGCCUUCCUUAACCUGUACGAACUCUACGACAUCGUGUACUCCCCGUUUGAAUUCCUCAGCUUCCGAAAAGCCCCCGAGAAGCUGCCCCACAAAAGACGCUUCCCUAAGAGUGAAAGGGCAAAGUUGGCGCCCGGAGCGAAAGCUCACUGGCAUCAGGAGAAGAAAAUAUGUGUCAGGGAGGAUCUCUCGCCUGGGGAGGCGAUUCUGAAGGAAGCAUCCGAAGAGGUCGAGACAGCCGGAGCUCUGCCUCCUGUGGCCCCUCGAUUGGAGGUAGAGUCAACCCAGGACAAAACACCUUGGCCCAUAGGGAAAAGGUCCGAUUCAGAAGGUGAUCUACCAGCCGGGUCGCGGCAAUUUUACGGUGUUCCGGAAGAUUCCACUGGGAAGCGGAGAAGCUCUCUCCAAAGCCGGCUCGGCCUCUUCAAACCGUUUGUCAGGUCCCAGUCCAUGGAGCUGGCGGAACAAAGUCUCAAGAAGAAGAUGAAGGAGUCGGUCGCCCACUUUUCGAGGAUGUUGACCAGGAAGACCUCCUCCGAUGAGGAAAGCAGGGAAGACUCUGAAGAGCGGAAGGCUGAGCUCCCGGAGAGAACCUCCUCGACAGGAAGCUUAAAGAAGAAAGCUGGGUUCCCUUCAUUUACUCUUCCGAGCCUCAAAAUAAAGGAGAAAGCACCGUCUUUUGUAGAUGACCUUACGGACCAGACCAUCGCCCUUGGGCAGUCUCUGACCCUCUCCUGCCGGACCUCUGCCCACGCCUCACCUCAUAUCGAGUGGUUCAAAGACGGAGCUGCCAUCCGCAGCACGGACAGGGUACUCAUCUCAUCGACGCUCAAGCGCUACCAGCUCUUAACGAUCUUAGCCGCGACCAGAGAGGAUUUCGGCACUUACACCUGUGUGGCCACCAACUCCCAAGGCACCGCUUGCACCUCCUGUGUGAUCAGGAGAGCAGAGGCACCUUCCAAUCCGCCAGCUCCUGAUAUUGUUGAGAUCCUGGAGGAUGGUGUACAGCUGGCGUGGAAGCCCGUGGAACUGAAGACACCCGGGACCUACACGGUCUUGUGCAGAAAAGAUGAUGGAGAAUGGAAGACCUUGGCCAGCGACAUCUCAGACUGCUGCUACACAGUGGAGCAUCUCCCACCGGGAAUGGUGUACUCUUUCCGGAUCGCCUGUGUCAGCAAAGCCGGCGUGGGGCCCUACAGCAACCCGACGGCCAAAGUGAAAAUCGGCGAACCAGAUCAAGCAGCAUUCCAGUUGGAGGACGAAGAGGGCGGCAAAAUGACGGCGGCCGAUCAGCCAACGCACCAGACAUACGCCUUCCAGACCGAGAUUAAAAGGGGGCGCUUCAGCAUCAUUAAACAGUGCAGAGAAAAGCUCACGGGGAAUCCCUUGGCAGCCAAAAUCGUCCCCUACCGGCCAGAAGACAAGGAAGCGGUUCUCCAGGAGUAUCACAUCCUUCGGAGGCUCCAACACACCAACAUCGGGCAGCUGCAAGGGGCUUACGUCAGCCCACGCCACCUGGUCCUGAUCAUGGAGCUUUACGUUGGUCCUGAGCUCCUGAACGCCUUGGCUGGAAGGUCCUCCUAUUCAGAGGUGGAAGUCCGAGACUAUCUCUGGCAGAUCCUGAGCGCGGUGGAGUAUCUGCACGCUCAGAACAUCCUCCACUUGGACCUUAGGUCUGAAAAUAUGAUCAUUACCGAGCCAAAUCUGCUGAAAAUUGUCGACUUUGGCAACGCACAGUUCUACCUGCCGGACCAAACCAUUACCUUGGAGGGAUGCACAGACUACGUGGAGACGAUGGCUUCAGAACUUCUGUCCGACAAAGGCGCCGUCCCUCAGACGGACAUCUGGGCCAUUGGUGUGACGGCGUUCAUCAUGCUGAGUGCCGAAUACCCCAUCAGCUCAGAGGCUGCCUGUGACUUUGGGAGGCUCGUCAAGCGUGAGAAAAUCAAGCUCAACAGAUGCUACGCAGGCCUUUCGGGAGGAGCUGUCUCGUUCCUCCAAAGCACCCUUUCCUCUAACCCCUGGAGGCGACCCACAGCGUCUGAAUGCCUUCAGUCUCCGUGGCUGCAGGAGACCGGCCUCGACGAGAGCCAGCAGGCCACCGUGACUUUCUCCACCACCAAGCUGAGGAAUUUCUUAGCUGAGCGGGAAAGGAAAAGAGCCCUUCUCUGUUCAAAGUACGGGGUGAUGGCUGUCUGAUGAAAACAUCUCUCGUGUAUUCCCUUUCAUCUCGACUUCUCAGUUGACCUCUGAGAAUAACUACACAGAGUGAUUGGUGCCCAUUUUACUGUCGUUUUUGGCUUCUGGUUGAAAAAAACAACGAGCCAGCCACCUUUUUAGCUGAAACACAAGAUGCCAUGAUUCCAAGGACUGUAACUAGUUUGGAUAUAUAUUGGAUGCCACCGAAUCCGAAACACGGAGAUUGCAAAUGAAAACAUAGUGCUUAAGGACUCAUCAUUCUAAGCUGAGCAAUGUUAACGUGUAACCAUGGUUGGAACGUGACCUCCCCUGAGCAUGGAAAAGGCCAAAGGGCUUUUCUAGAUAAAGAAACAAUGGUGUCAUCAUAAUAGCAUUUCCUUAUUAGAUGCAAUUUACAGUAAUUUCCAAGCAGAAGCCAGAUGGGAGAACACCAUUCCUUCUGGAACAGUCACCUUUAUAAGUGCCAUUAAAGCCUGUGGUUUUCAGCAAGCAAGGCUGGUCAUCUUUGUGGCUUAAUAUGGCCGUUACGACCUUACUUCAAUAGUUCAAAAGUGAUGUUUUUUAAAAGGGAACCUCGUACCAAUUGCUCAUGUCUGCUGAGCUCCGGGAUUCCUGUGGGAGUCGCUAGUGUCCAGGUGCAAACUUAAUACAGGAAGCGGGAUAUGUUGGCUGCAAUUCCAUAAGAAUCACGUCAGCCAAAUUCACAGGCUACCCUACCAACACCAUAACUGGAACACAGCGAUUCUCUGCCAUGUAUGCAAGACAAUGCAGAUGUUUUUACAAAGGGCACCUGCUGUCUAUCUCUGGGCAUGGCGUUCAUCUCAUGGGCGAGGAAGGACACUGGUUACCCAUCUCAUCCACAGACAUACACCAGCGUCCUACUAAGAGCUGUCUGUUGCAUGUUGUCCCCUUUGCCCGAGAGCCAGAAACAUACCCUCGGUGCAUAAUUUCCACAAAGAACAAGAUUUAUCCUCACAGGAGAAUCUUUCAUAGUCUUAUCUGAGAAUGUAUUUGGAUCCCCCCCCUUGCUUUGGCUUUGACAAUCAAGAUGGAAUGCGUACCCUUUCAUAACUAAAGGUACCUCUGCUAUAAAGAUGAUAUGACAUCAUCAUCUCUAUAGUAGAAAUGACUCCUCUUUUUUGCCAUAAUGUAAUCUCGCCCUGCGCUUAUAAUAUUCCUUGUUUUGCUCUGAUUUAUUUUGGCCUCGGUGAUUCUGGAACAGGCAAGCGUUCAUAAUGGCCGUUUUCGAUGGCCAAUUGGCACGUCGUUAUGGUGUUGGCAUGCUAAACAUGCCAGUGGAAGAGAGAGCUUGAAUCGGAGGCAGCUUUUUGCCCUCCGCAAUUCAAGAGGCCAUGCGAGGUAUUCGUUUAUAUGAUUUUCAGCACUGUUUUGGAGAGUAUAUUCCUCUGGCAUUUGGGAAUGGCAGUAAUAACCAGGCAUUAACUUUGCAGAACGAAUCCCCCUCAUAGUUUAACAUUGCUUUCAAGCACGGCAUGCAUACGUGUCAUGUAUUUCAACCUCUACACAUGAAGUAUUUUAACUUCUGCCCUAUUCCUAAGAUCUGUUCACUGGACAAAGCAGAAACGGGACAUGGCUUUGCCCACUGAGUUGUGCUAAUGGGGAAGAAGAAAUCAUUCCCUUAAAUAUGAUGGGAAUGGCACGUCCAUGAAAUUGUGGUAGAGUCAUAGUUCUAGAUGAGGGGAAACGAGGGUGUUGCUUACAAAUGUCUCCUCGGCUGUAAAAUCCAGCACCACUUCGGAUGCCUCGGGAGGAAGUUUAGUCAGGCUGAAAAGAGACUGACACGAUCAAGCUGUGCGUUUUGGCAACGUCCAAAGUCUUUAUCAUGUGGACACACAAAGAAAUCCAGCCUCUUUACCAGCGAUUUCCUCAUAACAUUUACACAGGCAAGGUUCAUGGGGGAAGGAAGCCUCUUUCGUAAGCCCUUCGUUAUUACUUUUUCUAAAUGGUGCCGGAAGAGAGGGGGGAAAAAUAGGCAUUGAGCUGUUGUUUUUAGGUCGACAAAAUGAUCCAGACUCACCGCAUUGUUUAUUUUGUAUAUGAUGUGAAUGAAGUGAUUAAGUUCCUCUCCUGUGUGCAUGCAUUU